AUGAAGGCCGCCACACCGGGCACCAUUCUGGUCCUGGCCGCCUGUAUUCUUCUCGUCCUCGUCACCGUCUCCACCCCAGUCAUCAAAUCGAUCACCUUUCUCGAUGCAAAGAUUGGCGGAACAGGAACCGAAGGAGGACAGACGGCCUCGUUGGGCUGCCUUGGUUACUGCAUUGGCGACAAGUGCAGUAGCCCGUCGAUUGGAUACAGCUUCGAUCCCAAUCAGCUGCUCAACAUCGACCUCGUCCCGGCAAAGUACACCUCGACAGUCAUCAAGGGCCUGACGUAUGCCCUUGUGAUGCAUCCAGUUGCGCUGGCCUUUGGUGCCAUUGCGUUUAUCAUGGGCAUUAUCGCGCACUGCAGUGCCGUCUGUUGCUUGGACGUCAUCUUUGCCAAUCUGGCCGCCGGGUCUGCCCUCAUUGCCUUUGGUCUCGAUUGCGCCCUCUUCAUCAUCGCAAAGAAGAGGAUCGAAAACAUCAAUGGAGCAAGUGCAACUCUCGGCACCGCUCUCUGGAUGACACUGGCCGCAUGGAUCCUCAUGUCGAUUGGUUCUUGUGCACUUACGUGUGGCUGCUGUGCUGGCCGGAAGCGCGAGAAGAAGAUGAAGGACGACUUCGACUCUUCCUGGAAGAACAACGGCGGAGGGAGGACGGGAGAGUCGUACGGCGAAAGGAUGCGCAUGGAAGCCAUGGAGGCGGAGCGUGACCGCAAAUGGAGGCAAAAGGAAGCGGAUCUGCCCAAAUUUGCAGAAUUUGAGACCGAGCACGUCGAAAGUGUGCCUCUCAAGAGCGCGGACUACGAUGAGCAGGCCUACGCGGCCGGCAAUGGCUAUGGGUACCAACAUGGAGGUGCCUAUCAUGAUCCGUAUGCGGACCAUCAGAAUGCCGCUGACCCCUACGGCGGCGGGCCGGCAGGCUACCUCAACCACGAUCCCUACGGCGGUCCUGGCGGUGCAUACGCUCCUGGCGUUGGCCCUGGGAUGCCUCGACACAACCACCAAUACGAGCCCUCUUGGCAGCAGCAACACCCUGAUUCGUACCACAACGAGGCAGCGUACGGCAUGGCGGGGGCGGCAGGUGCGGGCGCAGCGGCAGCGGCAGCGUCUGGCCUUCGCAGGCAGCCCACGCACGAAUACGGAGCGUACAAUGAUGCAGCGGCAGGCUCAUCAAUGGGCCACGCGAUGGACUACAGCGGCAACACCUUUGGCGGAGCGGCAGGCGGUGGCAGUCGCGCUGGCGGCUACUCCGAUGUGGGACAUGCCUCUUCGCACGACGACUACGCUGGGCCGCAUCGAUCCUUUAGCCAAAGUGUCGCGGGGCAGUCGAGGACACCAUCGCGAGCCGGUAGUUCGAGGAACUUGCCUCCGCCGUUGCCGACGAUGCCUACUUCUCACAGUAGCAACAGCAAUCACCCGGCAGAGAUUCCUUACCUUUCUCCAACUUCGCCUUCGGGCGGCCGUCUCCCGGGGAGGGAGCCAUCGAUCGAUGAUGGCUUCGGACUUGCCGUUCUACAAGCGGGCGAAGCGCAAAAGCACCUCCAGAAUCGGCCCCUCCCCUCCUCACCGCCGUCAGCGACUCAAGCUGACAACUUUGAAGAGGAGCAACCCCAGCAGCAGACCUCGCAGCUCUACAGAAACGAGAAGCAAAUGGUCAAGGAUCACUACGCGCAGCAGGACGCGUCAGCCUCGGCUUCAGCUUCAGCGCCGAAUGCCGCGAGAUCCGCCUCGAGAGCGAGGCCACUUCCCGCUGCGCCUGGUCACAACGAUACAUACCAGAAGGGAGAGUCGUCGGGGUACGAGCGCUCAUACCGGCCCUCACAAUCACAACGAGACGCGCACGACGACGAAGAGGCGCCGCCAUACCACCCAUCCGCCGAUAUGGACCCUGCCACAGGUGCCUCCGAAGGGCAAGGAGGCGACCAGUACUAUUCUCACGCAUACUGA